AUGGGAAAGAAGCCCUUCUCCGCAAAGGCGAAGCGCGAACAGCUUCGCCAGAAGCGUCAAGCACAUACCGCCUCCGCCACGACCCCUGCAUCGUCACACACGCAACCAACCCCAAUAUCCUCCAACAACCCUGCCGCUACCGCCACGUCCCCUUCGUCAACUGUCCACACCUCCCCUCGUCGCUCCCGCUCUUCGAAGACGCCCUCUUCUCAGCGCUACCGCCUGGUCUUCGCCGCAGACACAGAUGCCGCUCGCAAGCGUCAGCGCGCCCUAGCCCAUCAUCCAGUCAACCGGCCCGAUGAGAAUAUCCCAGAGGCCAUCAAAACUAGGACCAUGUCUGUUCCGGACGUCAGACCCUUUCCAAAUCCUGCUUUUGACAUGCCUAGACGGCCCCCAUGGUCUUACAAGGACACGAUCAACGUCGUUGACAAGCGCGAGUACGCCGCCUUCCGUGCCUGGAUGGAUCGUGUUGCCCGGCCUGAAGACCCUAAUGCCGCUUACUUUGAAGGCAACUUGGAAACUUGGCGACAGUUAUGGCGCGUGAUUGAACGCUCAGACGUCCUCGUCCUCGUUGCGGACAUUCGCUUUCCCGCCCUGCAUUUUGUCCCGGACCUCUACCACUACGUCACAGAUCAGCUUGGCAAGGGCAUGGUUCUUGCGCUCAAUAAGUGCGACCUCGUUCCUGAAGAUCUCUUACUCGCGUGGAAACGCUACUUUCAGACGCAUUACCCGGGCAUGGCUAUUGCAAUGUUCAGCUCCUUCCCGGACGCAAAGCUCGCCCCAUCAAAGGACAAUUCCGAGCUGCUUAGCAAGCGCGAACGCAGAAUGGCACGGUCUAAGCUUUCUGCAUGGGGCGCCGAUCAACUCUUAGCUGCCGUCGAUGCUCUCGACCUCGAUCCUCGGAAAAAAGCAUACCUUGAGCAAUGGCGCGCAAAGCUUGAUCACAAUGCGACACUUACGUCCGACGAUGAAGAUGGGACCGAUAUCAACUUCUUGGAAAGAAGUCUUGGAAAUUCGUCUGAUACUACCCGCUUACCAAAUGGCGGUCAUCCUCGACCAUUGCGCGUUGUUCACGUUUCGGAGAAUAAGCCCACAUCGGGAUGGUCACCGGACACGAGUGCGCUGAAACCAAAGAGCCAGAAACGGCGACGUCGAAGGGCAAAGCCUGUUGCCGAGGGCGGAUUACAUGCGACAACGUCUUCACCGUCAUCUGCCAAGUCAAAGUCUGGGAAAGCAGUCAAGGGUGGCAGCACUGCGCUGAGACUCAGAAAUGAUGUUAAAAGUACUCCAACCAAUACCAACAUGAACGCCGCCUCCUCAGGCUUGACUGGCGAAAGCGAGACGGAAUCUAAUCCCAGUGAACUCAGAUACGAGUUGGAUGUGGAAGAUGAUGUUGUUAAAGAGAAUAUGAUCACAAUAGGUGUGGUAGGUCACCCCAAUGCUGGAAAGAGCAGCUUGAUCAAUGGUGUGUUCCGGAAGAAAGUUGUCAGUACCAGUCGCACUCCGGGGCACACCAAGCACCUUCAAACUAUUUUCUUAUCCGACUCGGUACGACUUUGCGAUUGCCCAGGUCUUGUUUUCCCUGGUCUGGCUCCGCGUGAGCUCCAAAUCCUCGCUGGAAUGUACCCGAUUGCACAGGUUCGUGAGCCAUAUGCGGCGGUGAAGUAUCUAGCCGAUCGUGCGCCGCUAGUUCGCAUUCUGAAUCUGGAGUCGGAAAUAGAGAGACUCGAAGCCGAUGCUGAAGAGCCGGGCUACAUCACCUCCACUGGGUGGACAGCCUGGAAGAUUUGUGAGGCCUGGGCUAUCAAGCGCGGAUUUCGUACGGCCAAGGCAGCCAGGCUUGAUGUCUUCCGAGCGGCAAACAACAUUCUGCGGCUCGCACUAGACGGUCGCAUUGUACUGGCGACUUUGCCGGAUGGCUAUGCUCCGGAUCCGGAACACCAAACCCGUUCAGCUCAUGAAAUUACGUGGGAUGUACAUGAUGAUGCUGACGCAAGUGUUGUAAGUGGGUCUGGGAACGUUGCUGCCAUUCUCUCGGGUGUCUAUGGUGACGAGGAUGAUCGCGGUCACGAUGCCGGCGAUGAAGAAGGAGACGACUCUGUAAUAUACGAUCGUAUAGAAGAAGAGGAAGCAGAAGAGGACAAGGAACAAGAGGGGUCCAUUUGCGGAAGAAGAGCACCCUCCGAGAAUUUGUUCGCGUUAUUGGAAGACUUGUGUUAGAUUCGAAAUCCACAAGUUCUCACUUGUGUGUUUCGCUUCUGCUCCGUAGUUUCGAGGUAUCAGGCCGGGUGGCUGCACAAACGCUUUUGUAGCUGGGCCUCGCUUAUAGUAGAUAACUGUGACGUGCAUUUUGUCACAGUCUUGUAAAAGACAGCUUAACUGAACGGCGCGUUGGUUGUUUUCUCGUGUCGGCGCCUCCCA